AUGACCAACGAGAAAAACAACCCGGUCCUGGAUAGGGACGCUGAAUCGGCUGUUCCCGCGGCACCCACCAUCGACCAAACCAAUGACAGCGGCUCCUCAGCAAAAGAUGAAGCCAUCGCAAUGGUGGGCGAGCAGAAACACGCCCUCGACCCGGUCAUAGUUGCGCGAGCAGUCCGCAAGAUCGAUUGGUUUCUCAUCCCGGCCAUGAUUUUUGGCUACGGCAUCGUCUACUAUGACAAAGCCAUCCUUGGCUCGGCCGCCCUCUUCGGCAUGACGGCAGACCUGCAGCUCUCCCUGACGGACCGCACCACCUCGCCGCCCACCGUCGACACGUCCCGCCUGUCCUGGGCCACCUCCCUCUUCUACUUCGGCAUGCUCGCAGGCCUGUACCCCAUGUCGUUUGCCCUGCAGCGCUUCGACAUUGGCCGCGUGCUCGGCGGCAUCGUCGUCCUCUGGGGCGGCAUCUGCAUGCUCACGGCCGCCGUCACGACGCAUCAGGGUCUGUAUGCGCAGAGGUUUUUUCUGGGAUUCGUCGAGAGCAUCGUGCCCACUGGGUUCAUGUGCAUCGUCAGUGGUUUUUACACGCAGCAGGAGCAGAGUUUGAGGCAGAGCUGGUGGUUUAGUAGCACGGGGUUAUUUACGAUUAUUGGGGGCGCGUUGAAUUAUGGGUUUGCACAAAUUCAGGGCGGGGGGCUGAAGAGUUGGCAGUAUAUUUAUUUGUUGGCGGGGGUGUUGACGGUGCUGUUUGGCGUGUUUUGUUUUUUCAUGCCCAACUCGCCCGUCACGGCAUGGUUUUUGACGGCCGAGGAGCGGUUUGCGGCCGUCGAGAGGUUGCGGUUCAGCCAGACCGGGGUGCGGUGUACCAAGAUUAAGAUGGGCCAGGUCAAGGAGUCGUUGCUGGACGUCAAGACGUAUCUGAUAUUUGUCAUGAUGGCCUCGGCUUACACGAUGAAUGGCGCCGUCAGCGGAUUCGGCCCGCUUAUUGUGUCGACAUUUGGCUGGAAUACGCUUCAUUCAAUUGUGUUUCAGUUCCCCCUCGGGGGGCUGUGCUUCAUCGUUAUCCUUUUGACGGGCUACCUGGGAUCCAAGAUCCCCAACAUCCGCCUCAUCAUGCUCAUCCUGACGUGCCUGCCCGUCAUUGCUGGCUGCGCCAUCAUCUGGAAGAGUGAAUGGACGUACCGCGCUGCGGCCCCAGUUAUCGGCUACAGUAUCACGGGCUUCUUUGGAGGGACUGUCAGUCUCAUCAUCACGGUGGGCAUGUCCAACGUGGCGGGGCACACCAAGAAGAGCUUCAUGGCGGCCACCAUCUUUGCUGCCUACUGCGUGGGCAACAUUGUUGGGCCACAGCUUGUCAAGUCGCAGACUCGGGCAGAGCAUUACCCCGAGCUGUGGCUGGGGUUGAUCAUCUGCUACAUCAUCUGCAUUGCUGCGUCGGCAAUCCUCUAUGUGGUUCUGCUGACAGCCAACAGAAAGAAGGCCGCCGUCCGUGAGGACGAGGCGGAGCGGGCCAAGCUGGCUUUCCAAGAUCUGACGGACAUGGAGAAUCCUUACUUUAGAUAUGUCCUUUGA